GAAUCUUCACUGGUCUCCACACACGUGUACGGUUGAUAUUCUAUCACACUGGGACUACGAAGCUUCCUCCUUCUGUUCGGUAUCUCUACCGUUGAAUUCUUUUCUGUACUUCUCGCCUUCCUUCUUGUCUUCAAGUGAGCAACAUGGGUACGAGACUCAAACUUUUUAUAGCCGUUCUCUUCAUUUGCUUCUUUAUGUUUCCAAUGGUCUUUUGUGCAUCCAAUGAUGGGAAGGUUAGAAUUGGACUUAAAAGGAGGAAGUUUGGCCAGAACAACCGAGUUGCUAGCAAGAUUGCAACCAAGGAAGGAAUUUCUUUGAAAAAUUCUGUUGAGAAAUAUCAACCUAGUGCAAAUUUGGGAGAUUCGGAUGAUUUUGAUAUUGUUGGAUUGAAGAAUUACUUGAAUGCUCAGUAUUUUGGUGAGAUUGGUAUUGGUACUCCCCCUCAAAAGUUUGCUGUUAUUUUUGACACUGGUAGUUCAAAUUUGUGGGUUCCAUCAUCUAAGUGCUUCUCUGUGGCUUGUCUACUCCAUUCCAAGUACAAGUCAAAGCGAUCGAGUACUUAUAAAAAGAAUGGUAAAUCUGCUUCAAUCAAAUAUGGGACUGGUGCUAUUUCUGGCUACUUUAGUGAAGACAAUGUUAAAGUUGGCGACCUAAUAGUUAAAAAACAGGAUUUUAUCGAGGCAACUAGGGAACCCAGCCUCACGUUUGUACUCGCCCAAUUUGAUGGCAUAUUAGGACUUGGCUUUAAAGAGAUCUCAGUUGGAGAUGCAGUGCCUGUAUGGUACAACAUGGUUGAUCAAAACCUUGUAAAGGAACCUGUUUUCUCUUUUUGGUUUAAUCGGAAUGCAGAUGAGGAACAAGGUGGUGAAAUCGUAUUUGGUGGUGUGGAUCCUGAUCACUACAAGGGGGAACAUACAUAUGUUCCAGUUACUAAAAAGGGAUAUUGGCAGUUUGAUAUGGGUGACGUCCUGAUCAAUGGCAGUACAACUGGAUUUUGUUCUGGUGGUUGCUCAGCGAUUGCGGAUUCAGGAACUUCGUUAUUGGCUGGUCCAACGACUAUUAUUACUCAAGUUAAUCAUGCCAUUGGGGCCUCCGGGGUUGUAAGUGAGGAAUGCAAGGCUGUCGUUGCCGAAUAUGGAGAAACCAUCAUUAAAAUGCUGUUAGCAAAGGAUCAACCAAAGAAAAUCUGCUCUACGCUUGGCCUGUGUGCUUUUGAUGGGGAGCGAGGUGUAAGUAUGGGCAUUGAGAGCGUUGUCGAUAACACCACCCAGAAAUCUUCAAAUGGUUUACGUGAUGUUAUGUGCAACGCAUGUGAGAUGGCAGUUGUAUGGGCACAAAGCCAGCUGAAGGAGGAGAAAACCCAAGACCAGAUUCUCAAUUAUAUAGAUGGGCUCUGCGAGAAGUUGCCUAGUCCAAUGGGAGAAUCAGUAAUUGAUUGUGAUUCCUUGUCUACUUUGCCUAGCAUUUCAUUCACUAUUGGCGGAAAGGUCUUUGAGCUCAAGCCGGAGCAGUACGUGCUCAAAGUCACCGAGGGACCUGUAACUGAAUGCAUCAGUGGAUUUGCCGCUUUGGACGUUCCCCCUCCACGAGGACCCCUCUGGAUCUUGGGGGAUGUUUUCAUGGGUUCCUACCAUACAGUAUUUGACUAUGGAAACUCGAGAGUUGGGUUUGCAGAAGCUGCUUAAAAUUUCAACUUGCUUUGUUUCUUCAAGUUGGUCAAUUUCCACGACUCUCUAUUGUUUCUUGAAGUUGUUUAUGUAAAUAUGUAUCUAUAUUUAGCAUCGACACUUUCUGUAUACUAAAAAAAAAGGGACCGUUAGGAUAUUUGGGACUCAUUAAAAGGUUGGGAUUUACAUGCCGCCAUCCAUUUUAGGGUAAACUGGACUUACAGUAAGCUUAUUGAUAAUGUUUCAAGUCUUGCGCUCUUCUUUGAGUUUACAAACACCUUGUGGCCAGACUGCAAAAGCGAAUCAGGAAGCUGAAGGUUUAAUGUGGCCCAAGACCAAGAAUAAAUUUCCCAAAAAUCCAAAUACAA